GCCCUGUCUGAGGGGAACAGUUUAAAAACAGAUGUUUUUAAUGUGGCAACACAAAACACGAUCCCUUGUCACACAAAAAGCACAUUACUUUCUUCAGCCUCUAUCAAACUUACUUUUUGGACAUUUAUCAAUCUCCCUUCUCUGAAUGUUGGCAAGUCUUGAUUCCUCCUUCAUUACUGAGCACAAUGACAGAACAUGAAGAUAAAUAUACAGCACAAGUCUACACAAUGGGAAAUGAACACACACAUCCAUAAGCUUAACUUCACUUCCUGUACUGUGAGGUCAAAAAGUCUGAAAACCACAUCAAAAAUCUGUCAUAUUUUAACAUAAACCUAAAAAAGUCAUAAAGUUGGAGGAUUCAGAAGCAUUUAACACAGUAUAUGUAGGAUAGAGAGAAAAUACUUCAGAUUGUGCACUAUUUUGAGGUCAGUUGUCAAAUAGAAGCAGAUUAGUGGCAUCGAUCAUAGUAACUCCUUUGUUAUUCAGAUGACAUUCAGGUGAAUUUAAUCAACUCAUCGUUGGCUUGUUUAAGUACAUCAACUUGCAGUCAUUGGUUGUACCACCAGUCACCAAGCAAAAAUGUUGUUUAUUAGGUAGCAUUGUGUUGUGUGAAUGGGAAACAGAGCAUCACUCCACCCGUAGGCUUGUAUCUUUGUGGCAGACGCAUACUGCAGCAUGAUAAUCAGUCCAAACACCUCCAAGCUUUCCAAGAACUACUUGAAGACCAAAAAAGUUUUGACUGUUCAUUUGUGUCAUUUGACCUCAACCCCAUUAAAUAUUUACUCUACCAAUGUGUAACUGGUGUACUGGUUUACUGUGCACUAGAAGAAAGCAAAAUAUUCCUGACAUCACAAAAAGGUCUUGGGAACAUUGUCAGAUCAUGCUGGGUUAACACAGGUUAUCAGGUUUUCAAGAUUAAACUUUCCAUUCAAAUUGUUGAGCUAAAUCUCUAAACAAAAAAAAAAAAAAAAAAAAAGCAAAAUGUAAGUAUCUUUACUAGAGGACUCAGACUUUGGGACCCCAGUGUGUGUGUGUGUGUGUGUGUGUGUGUGUGUGUGUGUGUGUGUGUGUGUGUUUGUCACAUGCACAAUGAAGUAUCAAGAAGUGCUUCAUCUCACAUUUCAGCAUGUUUUGGGCCUCCCUGCUACACUGGGUGACUCUGGGAUUGUUCCACAGUCCUCUGCCAGCUGUACUCUGUGAAGAGGUCUCCAUCCGCCAGCUUAGGGACAGACAGAAGGAAUUACAAGCCAGGCUUUAACUACUGAAAUUGGCUUUGGGGAAAAGUUAAAGGCUAUAAAGAGGCCGUUCUAUGAAACUGACCACCACAGCGUUGAUGCCGCUCAGUGAAUGUCUUGCGUUGAGGGUAAGAGAGUCUUUAUCAGUGCUGAGCUCAUCAUCAGGGAUCAGCAGCAGUCAGACUUCAUUAUCUGUGUGAAAACAGCAGCCUGGCUUUGCCCCGCGUCCACAGAUAAACAGCAGUCAGAAUAUAAUCACCUUUCACACACAGGUCUUCUCAGAAGCAGCUUGUUCUCACCAAGAACACAGAGUCCGACCUGUGUGCACGACUUUAUUCAACUAUUAUCAGUAAAAACAAAGGAAGCUCACUUUUAAUUGUAGACUGAAACCAUUAAAAUGAGUUUUUCAUGUAUAUAUAUAUUUAUAUAUGCCAGUCAGUUGAUCGUUUACUCUAUUCGUUAUCACAUAAUCAUAAUGAAAGUGUGUUAACCAGCUUUGUAAUGAAAAGGAAACAGAAUAUUUCAAAAUGUUUAGUUGUUGUUAAGACUUUACAUCCAAUAUUAACAUGAAAUGUGCCUCCCCUUCACCGCAUAUGAACCCGUACACUGUGUGCCACAGCAUGCUUUAUUAGAUAGGGGCCAGUCAUCUGAUAAGAGUCCAUCAUCUGUUUACUGCACCGUUACAAGCUGCAGGGCUAAUUUCACUGCAAUUUAUAGACAUUUUAGGCAUUAUUAUGUAUUUUUAGUGUUAUUUACUUCAUUUAUCAAAUAUUUUUUGUUAUUUUCAAGUAUCUGUAGUUACUGUAUAUAUCUUUCCCCCCAAUUGUUCUUUUUUUAUUAUAGUUAUUUUACAAUUACUUGUCCAGUUGUUAUCAAUUUACAAUUACACUGUUGCUAAGGUCUUUUGCUUUUAGAUUUUUUUUAUACAAUCAUGGUUUAAUAACUCCUCUGUAUUUUGUGUUAAUUUGCCCUUUUUGAUUUUAGGCAAUUGGGUUUAUUCUAGUUCCUGACAUUUUGUGCGAUUUAUGCUGAAUAGAUAAAACAUAAAUUGAAGCUACCAUAUCUUUUGCAUUUGCCAGUAACAAAACAAAUUCUCUCUUGUAUUUGUCUGUAGCUUCAAAUUUCGAUGAUAUAGGUGUAAACAGUUGCCGAUCUGAUUGUCAUCAUCAUGUGCUUUCCACAUCAACACUUCUGGUAAAACAUUCCUUUUUAAAGAAAACAUGAUGUUAUUUGCGGUCCUUCAACUAUCUCAACUAUUUCUUAUGUAAAGUUUUUACCUUGCAGGAUUCUGAAAGUAGCUUCUGGACACAACUUGAUUUGAAAUUGGUAUUAAUAUGUUGUGAUUAGGCAACAUUUAGCUCCUGUACAUUUAAGUUUUUCAGUAUUUCUAUAAAUACGCAAGGAGGAAUGAUAGUUUGAUGGUGAUUAGUAUUUUUAGAAUUGAUCUUUUUGGUGUAAAUCCCACAGAUGAGGAAGACAGUGACUUGAUGUGAGAUAGAUACAUAUGACCAAUCGUAAAGGAUAAAGAAAAAGGAGCCAGCGAAGUAAUUCAGACUUACGCUCCACCUCCUAACGGUCAAAACCUACAUGAAAAAGCAAGAUUUGAAGUUGGACUUGCAGCUGACAGAGAUAGACAAGAGAGAGGAGGGAGAGAUAGCAAUUGGAGGAAUAAAACUAAAAGGAGAAGUUUAGUGAGGAGUGAGAGGACUAGGAUGAAAGGCCUGUCUGUUAGCUGAGGGUAAGAUAGUCAUGUGAAAUAAAAUUGCUGAAAGAUACUAGAAACUUCACCGUUACCGUUAUUUGUUGCACCUGCUUCCAUAUCAAAGUGCUUGAUGGCUGUUACUAAGGCCGUGCUCCCGUCCUUCAGCUCCUUCUCCAGCCUCCCUCACUCCAGUGACGAUAUGAAAAAAGAUUGAGGUCUGUGGAUUUGACACUUAUCAGGAAGAGUCUCCUACAGUGUGGAAGUCUGAUGGCGGCUCUCUCCCUUUAGACCCUCCAAGCAGCAAACUGUCACCAAGCAGCUCUGAACAGCUGCAGGUCUCUCAACACAUGGCAGAGGAGCUCCUGGAUGAUGACAGCCAAGCAUCUUGGGACAUUGAGUUCCUACUGUCUGACUGGAGCAGCCCUUCUCCUGACCUCAACCCCUCUCUGGACGGCAACGGCAGCAACCAACGGCUCCCACAGCUCGACCCAAACAGACUGUACCAAGAUGCGGCCCACUUUAAGGACCAGGCAGGGCAGGAAGGUGUGCAGAUGAACAGUGGGAACCUCAUGGCUGAGCUCCUGUCACCCCCUGAGACCACGACGGUCCAGCCGGAGCUGCACCUCCAAGGUUAUAAUGACGACCAAACAGGACGAACUUCAUUUCCUGAUGUACAUAAUGUAAAUCAGUUUGACUUCGCCCAUGUAGGAAAUAUGGAGAUGCACAGCAGAGGAAGCCUCAGUAAGGUCACAUCAUGGGACUUCAGCCCCUACUAUCCCCAGCAGCUGCCCUCCAUGGUGGCCUUCCCAGACAGCAGGUUCAUCCCACCUCAGGCUGUGACCCCAGACCCUCGACACUACACCUACAUGCCCCACUUUAAUUACAACGCCAGCCUUUUCUGUGACUACAACCACAGCCAGGCCGUCGGACAUUUGACCCAUCACCCGCAGCCCCUGCUGGUCGGACCCCAGCUGCCCCCUGUUGGGGUGGAGGGGAAGCGUGGCAGGAGAGCUGCAGGGAAAAAGAGGCCCGCCAUCCACAGCUGCGAAUACCCCGGCUGCAGCAAGACCUACACCAAGAGCUCCCACCUCAAGGCUCACCUCCGCACCCACACAGGGGAGAAGCCUUACCACUGUUCCUGGGAGGGCUGCAGCUGGAAGUUUGCCCGUUCAGAUGAGUUGACGCGUCACUACCGCAAGCACACAGGUCAAAAACCCUACGAGUGUCUGCUGUGUCAGAGGGCCUUCUCCCGCUCAGACCACCUGGCUCUGCACAUGAAGAGACACACCUGAAGCUCAAACACAAACAUACAAACUUGUGUCAUUUAAACAAUCAAGCUGAAACUCAGACUACUUAGAACUGAAUUUGGAAUGCCAUGUUGUCAUUUUCAGAUCUUUUUUUUUUGGUCUGGUUUGGGUUUAUUAAAAAAAAACAAAAAACAAAUGAGCCAAUUAAAAUUCAAAAGCUUCAACAUCUACUUGAUAUCCGCAAAUAACACACACCAUUUCAAAAACUGUCUAAAGAUGUAACAGAAUCCGACAUUUUACCAACAUUAGUCAUAAACCAACUUUACAGCCGACAGGUGAGACAGAGAUCUGGGUGGGUUAAGCUCAUAGGGACCAUUGACUGUAUAUAAAAGAUGGCCGUAGCCACUGUGACUUCACCCAUCGGUUUGAGGGCGACUGUUUUGAAUCCUAGAGUUUGGAAUUUGGCCGUCAACAUGUUAGUCUCUGGAAACCAGGCAAGCGAGGGUUGAAAUCCAACUAAGAACUUGUGCAUAUUCCCUAUGCUUGUAACUUGACAAACACUAAGUAGCCACAUCCUAAAUAAUACGCUGCUUUACAAUCAAAUCUUAUUCAAAAUAUGGCCAGAAUUUAUCAAAUAACACCAUGCUGUAUUCAAGGAGUCUUAAAACUUGCAAACGAGACCAGAAAUCCAUUGAGAAAAUAUUUUACUGAGACAACAAAUCAAGUGAAAGGUGGCCUCAUUUCCUUAUUGACUUCUGUACAAUGCGGCGCUUUUUUUUUUUGCAUCCAGAGGAGUCACCCCCUGCUGGCUGUUACAAAGAAUGCAUGUUUAAGGCACUUCUGCACCAGCUUCAUUUUUCAGAAUUGGAGGCUACAACCACCUCUCUAUAGAGUCUGUGAUAAAGCCUCAAGCAAUAAUGACCAACAGGCUCGAGGUAAGCUUUAACUCCACUCAUCGAGAUAUUUUUUUCAUUUUCAAACCAGCAGUUUUCCAACCAGACCAACAUAGACUUAAGUUACAUCAUUUGAUUCGGCACUUUAUCUGAUCUUUAUCCAACUGUUUUCUAUAAUUGUAGCAGUGCUCCUCAGAAUCACUAAACAGAUUCUGGUGUUUAAAAUUGGUCUAUUUCUUUCAAUGUGAUAGUCACAUAAUUCCACAAUAACCCAAAUGAACAUUGUCUCAAGACACAACAUUGAGACUUAUUAAAGUGAAAGUGUUAAGACUUGCCUAUCACACAGAUUUAUAAAUUCAGGGACUUCCGUUGCUGUAAUGAUUUCCCUUAUAACAUCACAGCAACAUGUGUGACUCCAGUCCUGAACUUACUCGUAAACUUAGACACAAACCCAAAAACCAAGUCUUACUUACUUAACCAACUGAAAAUCUGGCAACCAGCAAAAUAUCUUCACUCUGAAGGUGUAAAAAUCUGUUCUCUGAAAGUGUGGCUACUUUACAAUGAUCUGUACAAGAUCGUAUAUCCAUAUUAUGCAACUAGACAACUGCUGUGUAUUUACAUAUACAGACAUGACACAUAUUUACAUACAGCAUAAUAUGCUAUAUGUAACAUGACUGCUCUAUGUUUCUUAAAUUGCCCCCAGGGGACAAUUAAAGUGUCUGGAAUUGAAUUGAACUGAAUUAUAACGUUAACAUGCAAUAAAGGCCACCUUGGCAAACACUGUACACACUGUGGACAUCUAUACAGCAGCAUGUAAACACUAACAAAAGACCUACCAAAAAGUGCACGUAACAUGGGUUGUAGUAAAACACACAAUUAUAUGUCCAGCAGAAGCUCACAGCUAACUCAUGAAAGUCAUGACUGUUGAGUAACAAAGCUUUAAAUAUGCCAUAAAGUGUGUGCUAAUGUAGGUUUUUGUAUUUUUCUGUGUGUUCAUGAGUUUUAAUUUAAGAAAAAAAUGCGUGUGCCUUUUUCUUUCUCCUCAAGAUGUUUUUAAAGCUGUACAUAAUUUGCGUAUCUCUUUUGCUGUUUGUUAUCAUCUUAAAAGUAACAACAUAUUUAUUAUCAUGAUCUUUUAUAUAAACAGAAAAUACUAUUAUAUUGUACAGUGUUUAAAUAUUUUCAUGAGUGCUUUAAGGUCUGUCAUGUAUUGUUAUCAUCAUUGUAACUGCAAAAAUAAAGAUUUCUAAUGCUGUAAAACUA